AUGAGUCGCACGGGGUUUGACAAGUACAUUACGGUGUUCAGCCCUGAGGGGUCUCUCUACCAGGUGGAGUACGCCUUCAAGGCUGUCACCUACGCGGGCCUGCUCACGGUAGCAAUACGCUGCAAAGAUGCUGUCCUGGUCUUUACGCAGCAUAAUGUGCCGGACCGAUUGAUGCGACCCGAGACCAUUGCCUCGCUCCACAACAUCAAUAAGGACAUUGGCGCGUGCAUCACUGGACGGGCCUCCGACGGGAAGGCGCUUGUGCAAAAGGCUCGCCAGGAGGCAUCCGACUACAAAUACCGCUUCGGCUCCCCGAUCCCUGUUAGCGUGCUCGCCAAGCGCGUGGCGGACAUGGCGCAGGUAAGGACGCAGCAGGCCGGAUUACGACUGAUGGGUGUCAUCAUGACAUUUAUUGGAAUGGAGCAAAACGAUGCAGAUGGGUUGUGGGUUCCGCAAAUUUACUGCGUAGAUCCCGCAGGGUGGUGUGGCAGUUACCAUGCAUGUGCGAUUGGUAAGAAGCAGAUUGAGGCGAAUGCGUUCUUGGAAAAGAAGCAGAAGAAUGCCCUAUUUCACACCCUUACACAGAAAGAUGCCGCCAUGAUCGCACUUGCCGCGCUGCAAAGUGCCCUUGGUGCCUCGCUGAAGGCGACGGAUGUGGAGGUGGGGCGUUGCAGCGUGGAGGAGCACGCCUUUUGCCGGGUCCCCGAUCAGGAGGUGGAGGACUGGCUGACCGCCCUUGCGGAGGCAGACUGA